UGAGGGGCGUGGCUCUCACACUGCGUCAUGUGACCCGGAAGCCGGAAGUGCUGUUGCUAGGUUACGGAGCGGCCAUGGAGCAGUACAGUUUGCUGGGUCGGAUCGGGGAAGGAGCUCACGGAAUCGUUUUUAAAGCAAAACAUAUAGAGACGGGGGAGGCAGUGGCCCUGAAGAAGGUUGCCCUGAGAAAGUUAGAGGAGGGAAUCCCAAACCAGGCUCUGAGAGAAAUUAAAGCUCUACGUGAGAUUGAGGACAAUCCUUAUGUGGUGAAGUUGAGAGAGGUGUUCCCACAUGGCACAGGUUUUGUCCUAGUCUUUGAAUACAUGCUUUCUGACCUCUCCGAGGUCAUACGGAACUCAGACCAACCCCUGACCGAGGCCCAGGUGAAAGGCUACAUGAUGAUGCUUUUAAAAGGUGUGAAGUUCUGUCAUGAGAAUUCGAUCAUGCACAGGGAUUUAAAACCAGCAAAUCUUCUCAUCAGUUCUACUGGCUUACUCAAGAUAGCGGACUUUGGCUUGGCUCGGGUCUUUUCCGGUGACCGGGGACGUUUGUAUAGCCACCAAGUAGCAACCAGGUGGUAUCGAGCUCCAGAGUUGUUGUACGGGGCCCGCAAGUAUGAUGAAGGAGUAGACCUGUGGGCUGUUGGAUGUAUAUUUGGAGAACUUCUGAAUGGUUCCCCCCUUUUCCCAGGUGAGAAUGACAUCGAGCAGCUUUGUUGUGUCUUGCGGACCCUUGGCACGCCGAGUCCCAUAACCUGGCCUGAGAUCACGGAGUUACCAGAUUAUAAUAAGAUUUCUUUCAAAGAACACCAGUCACUUCCUGCUGAGAGCAUUGUCCCAGAUACCUCUCCCGAGGCUCUGCAGCUACUCAUGCGUUUCUUGGUGUAUCCGUCCAAUCAGAGGAUUCGAGCAGCUGAGGCUCUGCUACAUCCAUACUUCUUUCUAGAGCCUCUGCCGGCGCACCAUUCUGAGCUCCCCAUCCCACAAAGAGGAAAGAGGAGAGGCCACCAGAGAGACUUUCAUACUGAGCAGCCAUUGCAUGACAGCCUUGUGGAGCCAGGACAUCUGCAGGAGUAUCUCUGCGGCUUGUGACCAGAAACUUUCAUCAUCAUUGUGACAAGGCUGGGGCAGUGAAACAAAUGUGGAACAUGAUAGGAAAUUGAUCCCAAAUUGCCAGUCCCGUUGGGUUAAUCGCAAGGCGCCAGUCCCGUUGGGUUAAUCGCAAGGCGCC